CUUUGGCUCUGGCUCCAAGAUAUUUGGCUCUAGCUCCAAGAAAUUUGGCUCCAAUUUACUUCCAGGAAGUGGAAUAUUUGGCUCCAAAGAAUACAUGAGAAAACCCUAUAUUUUUGGUGGUGUUCUUUUUUGCUCGUGUUCUCCAAACCUUCACAAUUGGUUAAAUCAUCACAAUCUGCUGAGCUACAGUUCGCAUCUUCUCAAUUUGUAGUCAACAAUCGGUCCCCUAAGCCCUUCUACCGACUCCGUCUUCUCCAAAUCCUCAUAAUCGGUUCGUCGUUUUCACUCUCUGCAAUUUGCAUUACUUCCUAUUUCUCUCGAAACGACUUCUUUUGGUUAGUAGUAAUAUAUAGCCUUUCUAUAUUUCUUUCAUAUAUAUCAUAAAAUCAAUUUUUUUAUAAAGCUCUCUAUUCUCUUGCUUCUUGCACAAGUAUUUACACACAGGGACUCUACAGUAGAUGUCUGAUGUAUCUUUUAUUGGGCCAUGUCUAUUUAAUGAUGAUCGAUAUAUAGACUCACACUCACCAUCUGAUACAAGUGUAGAUACUUCAAGAAUGGAAAAUUCCCCUGAUAUUAUUGUUGUUGAAAGCAACGAAGGAGAAGAUAAUGCAGGAGGAACCAAUACGGCUGUAGGUAUUGGUUCAACACAAGUAAAUAAAACAAAUAUCAAAGAACAUACUCCAUAUGCUAAACGGAAAAGAAAGAAGACUUCACCAGCUUGGGGGCAUUUCGAAACAAUAACAUUUGCAGAUGGAACUGAAGGGUCUGAAUGUGUUCACUGUGGUGAGAAAAUUAAGAAGCUUAAGGAAGGCACGACCACACCAUUGCUUAGGCAUGUUAGUGAUCGCCUAAUAUUAAAUGGUGGCAAAGGUCAGUCAAAGUUAAAGGUAUCACAUGGAAAGACAGAUUCUUCAACUACGAUCCAAAAUUGGAAGUUUGACAAUACUAGGAUGAGGGAGGUUAUUUCUCACAUGAUUAUGAUUCAUGAGCUACCUUUUAAUUUUGUUGAAUAUGACUUGUUUAAUGUGGUGAUGAAAGAAGCUAAUCCACUAUUCAACAAGAUCUCACGUGUUGCAACUAGACAAGAUUGUGUGUCUAGUUAUGAAAUUGGAAAGAAAAGAAUUCAAAAAAUGUUAAAUGUUGUCAAUCGUGUGAGUAUCACAACUGAUAUGUGGACAUCAUGUCAAAAUAUUCAUUAUAUGGUUGUGACAUGUCACUUUGUUGAUUCAGAUUAUAAGCUUCACAAAUGUAUUUUGAGUUUUGUUGAUGUGCCUCCACCAUAUUCAGGUGUUGGUAUAUAUGAUUGUUUAUACAAAUGUCUAAAAGAUUGGAAUAUUGAAAGUAAGGUGGCUAGUUUGACGGUUGACAAUGCUAAGACAAAUGAUGUGGUUGCUAGGAAGUUACUUGAAAAUUUGAAUCUUCAAAAGAAAGUUGUUGUUGGUGGGAAGUUAUUUCAUGUGCGUUGUUGUGCACAUAUAUUAAACUUGUUAGUUCAAGAUGGUUUGUCUAAAAUUAUAGAUAUAACUCACAAUGUUCGUGAAAGUGUGAAACAUGUAAAUGCCUCGUCGGGUCGGUUACAUGUCUUUAGUGAUCUUUCCAAGCAAUUAUCCAUGCCAAAGAAGCAUUUAAUUUUAGAUGUUAGUACCCGGUGGAAUGCCACAUACGCUAUGUUGUCUACAGCCUUGGAGUUUAAAGAUGUGUUUAAGGAUUAUGCUGAUAGAGAAUGUUCAUACACCACUUUGCCGAGCAACGAAGAUUGGAAAAAAGUUGAAGAUAUUUGUUUGUUUUUAGCACUUUUCAACGAGGCUACACAAAUAAUUUCAGGCUCCGAGUAUCCUACAUCAAAACUAUUUCUUCUAGAGCUAUACGGAAUAAAGGAAUCAUUAGAUGAAUUAGUUUUGGAUGGGAAUGCUUACAUGAAACCGAUGGCUGUUAAGAUGAAAAAGAAGUUUGACAAAUAUUGGGGUCCUUGUAAUUUGUUGAUUUCCAUGGUUGCUGUUUUGGACCCUAGAUACAAGACAGAGUUACUUAACUUCUCUUUUAAGGCAAUCUACUCUAAUGAUGAGGCAUCUACGCAUGUUAAACUUGUUAUAGAUACUUUGAAAGAAUUGUUUGCAGAGUAUGUUGAGGAGCAUAGAACUACAAAUGUUGUCCAAUCUUCGAAUGCGGCAGAUGGAACUGAAAGUGGUGCAUCAAAAAGAGGUCCGAGUGUUACGACUUUGAGAUUUGGCAAGAGUAUCAGAAGUAGUACUGCUAAAUACAAUCAACAUAUCAGAAGUGUUGAUUCUAUUGCUAGUGUAAAGUCAGAAUUAGACACUUACCUAGAAGAAGGGGUUUAUAUUAGUGAGCCAGGUGCAUAUUUUGAUGCCUUAGGGUGGUGGAAGGAGAAAAAACUUAAUGUGUGGCUGCUGACAUUUUGGCAAUUCCUUUCACAACUGUUGCUUCUGAAUCUGCUUUCAGUGUUGGCGGAAGGGUUAUUGAUCCACACCGUUCCUCUUUAGGAACUAAGAUGGUAGAUAUGCUUAUAUGUGGAUCUGAUUGGUAUCGUCAAUAUUACGGACUACAGAAAAAGAAAAAAAGGAAAUUGAUGAUGUUAUAUAUGUUGAUCUUCUGUGAGGUGUGACCACUUGAAAAGUUAUGACGUGUGAUCAUAUUCAAGAUAAUGUUUGUGUGAUGUAGAUAAAGGGCGGAGAACUUUAAUUUUGCAUUUUGGAAAAGAUAUUUGAUGUGAUGAAGUUAAAGGUCAAGCUAUGCAAGUUUUUUUGUAGAAGAUAUUUGAAAAAAAAAGACAAUAUUUUAAGUAAUUUUGGAUGUUUUUAAUCGUAGGAUUUGUUAUAAUACAUGUAUUUAUGUUUUGGUGUUAA